UUUUGGUAUAAAUUGCUUACGAAGACGAGGUGAUAAUUUUAAAAUUGUCCUGUUUGUUGUGUAUUUGCUGGUGGAUUUACAAAAGUACCCCCUCUCUCUCUCUUCUGCAAUGUAAAGGGCAUGUUGACCAGUAGGAAAGGCAGAGAUGAAAUAAGCAAAACGGGUUUAAAGUGGACACCAGAUGAUGAAAAAGGGGGCGAGGAAGACCUCAAGACACUCAGGGGAGAACCAUCACUGCAGAUGUGAAAAGAUUGUGAUGGGAUUCUCGGCGACCCUUGGGAACCAGACAAAACCUGGUUCACUUCCUCCAUUCCAACCACUGAGAUUAUCAAAAACCAACCCAAGAUUCCAAGCUUUGCUGCCAAUACCGUCACGCCUUUAAAUAAACCACAGGAAUAUGCCAAAAUUCUAAACCUCAUGCGUGAAGUUCGGAAGUCUCUGAUGAAAAAUCAUGAAAAAAAAAUUAUUGUGAAAUUGAAACAAAAGAAAAAGGAGAAACCAAUUGUGAAGGUCCUCUCCCACAGGAAAAAUGACGUCACUGUUGAGGUAUCCCACACUCCCCGCCAGGACGAGCAUCAAAAGAUGCUGGAUAAAAUGCAUGAAAUUAUGUCCGAUGGGCGCUGGAAAAUUCAGCUCAAACCGAAGGAGGCAAGACCGGGAAAGCAUGGUCUUAAAAAAGUCUCGUUCCAUUAUGAUCAAGGACCAAAACCAGUGAUAGAUAUCAAACCAACAGCAACGAUCACCGAUGACGACUACAUUGCCAACGUCCAAAAUAAAAUAGAAAAGCAGAUUUUAAGCAGCCAGAUCUCUCCACAACAUGAUGACAACUUGUCCAACCUUUCCUUACUUGUAGACAAACUGAAAGCCCUGGCUAAUAAUGUGUCUACCACGCCUAAAAGCAUACUCUCUACGACAUCGAAGAUUCGCAAGAUGAGGAUCAGGGAUAUACCACGUGAUCUUUUGGAAGACCAGGCAAUGUGGAUCGGAAUGGUGACCGGAUGUGGUCUCGCUGCCUUUUUUUUCGUUCUAUGUUACAUCAUCGUAAUGCUAUACAGAGCCUUCAAACGAAAACAAAAUGGCAGUAACACAGUCUUGGAUUUGAACUUCAACUGUCCGCCGGAUAAUUACAAGGACCGCCAGUAUUCUACCCUUUCUCAAGUGCACGACCCCAAAACCGGCAGAAAAUACGUUGUGUUAAUGGAUGAUUCCAAGAAUUAUUCCAUAACGAGCUCCGACUCAAGUUCCGAGGAAGAAAUUUACAACGCAUCUUAUCACAGUCCUGUCAAGAAAUCCGGCCAUCACCACAGCAGCAGAGGCAGUAUGAACAGGACAUCCACACCAAUCAAGACCCCCUUACGUCUGACCAGGAGUGCCCCCGGGUCACCGUCCGUACGGAGGAACCUUAGCCGGUCCUGGUCCUCCCCUCCAGAAUCUCCACUAGCCAGAAUCACCCCGGUGUUUGCAUCCCCGAUCAAACUUACUGAGAAGUAGGGGCUUGUUAGUCGAAGGAAAUUUUACCCAACACAAAACGUUUAUUUUUCAUAAAUAUUAAUUUCUAUUUGAUUAUUCUGUAAACACUUCUAUUGUUAUUCAAAUUGGAUUUAAUAUAUAAUAAAAAGAUUACGAAUGUAAUUGAGUUAAAUAAAUUUUAAAAUACACGUAUAUCAAUUUAAAA